AUGUUCCUCUUCGCGCGCAAGACCAAGACGCCCAUCAGCACCUAUGCGGACUCCUUCAGGCCCCCCAACACCAUGAAGAAGACCUUCGAGGACCCCCCGCUGGCCUUGUGGAGCGAGAACAAGUUCGUGACGCAGGGCCUGACGGUGCCCAGAGUGGAGCACCCGGUGGACCAAGCCCACCUGGAGAAGAUGGUGAAGCAGGCAGAGCAGGAAUACUCCUACAGGAACUCCAUCGAGCCGACGGCCUACCGACCGUACAAAUACUGGGUGACCAGGGAGGAAGAGAGGUUCAACCCCGUCUUCAUCGGAGACGACAGGUAUGCGACGUGGCGGACGGGGCCCUACAACAGCGCUGCCUGGAACAGAUACACCACCUACCUCCCGCGGAUCCCCCGGGAGGCCGGCAUGGAGACGAUACUCCGUGGGAUGCCCAUGCAGUACCCCCCGAAACCUGAGCGCCUCAACAAUUACGAACGGGAAGUCGUGGUGAACAUGCUGAACAGCCUGUCCCGGAAGCAGCUGCCCUCGCUCCAGCACCGCUACCUCGUGCCGGGCCGGGUGCCGUACCAGGGCUACCACAGCCCCUGCACCGGGCGCCACUACUGCUUGCGGGGCAUGGACUACUACGUGGACGGGGCGCCCAGCAGCGAGAGGCAGAUCAGCCAGCUGGUGGAGAGGAUUGUAAGGAAUUUCCCGUACUACGAUCACCAGCAAGAGAUGCUGCUCUGUGCACCAAUGCCCAGCCUGCCGCCAUCUUUCCUGUAUAUGAACCUUAAGUGGGACACAAGCCAUUUUAAAAGAACCGGAGGGCUACAGAGGGACAGCUAUAUAAUUCAUCCUGAGUUUGUUUCGGAAUCUUAUCCCGCCUCACCGUGUUGGUAGCAGAAAGCCGAGACUGGCUGCCAUUAAAAGU